AUGCAUCUUCGCAGCUGGGGUGCGGUGCAACUUGCACUGGCGUUGGCCGUCGUGCUGGUCGGAACAAUGGUUGAAACGCUGCCACAGUCGAGUAUAAGCGUUUCGAAGGAGCAGCGCAACAAACAGGAUGCGGUGGAAAGUCCGAGCGAUGACUACGAUGAUGAUUAUGACGAUGACGAGGAUGUGCCAUCGCAGGAGAAACCGGAGAUCAGUGACAACGCGUUGCUGGGGACGAAUCUGCUAACCAAGGACUACAUCGAGCAGGCACGGGCAAGCGAACAGGUUACGCUCAAAUGCCAAGUCAGCAAUCCGACAAGUAACACCAUCAUCAUGUGGUACUACAACCAGAAGCCCAUCUUCCAGCAUAUGACGAAACUGACGUCCGAUACGCGGUAUGCGCUACUACCGGACUACUCGCUGCAAAUCGAUAACGUACAGCUAGCGGACGAAGGUGUCUACUCCUGCCAAGUACUGCCCAACAAAAUGAGCGUCAAAAUUGAGCUGCAGUUGUUGACACCUCCACGAGAUGUUCACAUCAUGCAUGGUAACAAGAUCAUUAACGAUUCGAUUGAAGUUCAUCAGCGAGAUCGCAAGUUUAUUCUGCUGUGUUCUGCCGGAGGACAUCCCACACCACUGAUCACCUGGUCGUAUCGCGGACGCCACCUGGAUGAGGAAAAUAGCCGCCAGAUUGGCAUUGUGCUGCGUAAGGAGUUUUUGGACAUUCAUGAAGUGAAGGCCCAACAUGCCGGAGACUACGAAUGUAUGGCCCAGAACGGUAUCGGUGAUCCAGUCAGUCGGACUGUGACCGUGAUUGUAAAAGAUGAAUCAUCGGAAGAGCUGGAGGACGAUGAUAUGGAUGCGUCCAACGUAACUGCACCACCGCUGGAGAAAGGCAAUCCAAUCAUACACAAACACACCAGCUACAUCAACAGUGCCAUCGGGGAGAAUGUGGAGCUCGUUUGUCUGUACGACAGCAAUCCAGCUCCACGCAAAAUUCAGUGGCUGCGGGAUAAUGAGAUUGUUCAGCAGUCAGCUGGCCAGACUACGAUCACGAACGAUCACCACAACCAUCACAACCGUACCCGGCUCACUAUCCGCAAUGUUCAGCAAAAGGACCUGAAGGCGUACUAUUGCAAAAUUGAGAAUGAGCUGGGAGAAGCGAUCUCCAAAACGAUCGUUGGACUGCAACCGGGCGGAGCACAUCUGAUUUACUCCAACGUUUCCGAUGGAUUGCUGCACACGUGGUGGAAAAUUCACAGUAUUCAAACAAUCUCCGAGAUGCAGGUGCUCUACCGCGGAGAAAAUACCAAAUACGCACCGGUAAAUGCCGAAAUCUCCAGCCAAGACCAAAACACCGAUGGAUACACCUGGACCAUUCGCAAAUCGGUCCGACUUCCGGAGGGCGAGUGGUUUGUGACGGCCCGGACACGCAACACCGAGGGUUGGUCCAGUGCCGAAAGCCUACCGCACCAGUUCCAGAUCCGUGAUGCGAUGGACAACAUUCAGGUCGCUUCGAUCGGUGGUUCCAGCGGUGCCCAUCGGACACUUCCGGUGCUAUCGACUGGCGCGUUGGUGCUGUUGCUGUUGCCCUUCGUUAAGUCACUAGUGUAUUAA